CCGCUGCCGCUGCCCAGUCCGUUCCGUUCCGUUCCGUUGCCGGAGCAGCGCUGCCGCUGCCGCCGCGAGCUGCGAGCAGAGGAUUGCAAAUUGAGCCGACGGGCCUUGUCUUUGUUUCGGCUACGCCCACCGUUAAAGUAUUUCGGCAACGCUCUCGUCGUGUUUAUUUUGCCAAAGAGUGUUUGCACCAGUGCCCGGUGAUUACAACAAUGCUUUGUUGCAUACGUGUCUGAAGAUUGGCUACUAUGUGCAUUUACGGUGGGAGGUAGCAUGCAGUAUUAAUAUUUAAUCGGCGAAGUUGGCAGGCGUCCGCCAUGUUUUAAGGCUGUGAGUCGGGCCUAGGUUUAAUUUUGUAAAGUGAUUGGUGAUUUGUGGCCUGCUGUAGUGUUUUGUGUCUAGUUGACAUGGUAGAAACGAAUGUGGUGCGGUGAUCGAGCUUUGGAUUAUCCCAACCUCAGCAUUUCCAAGGAGGUUGCCAAUGGGGUGCAAACUGACGGGAUGACCGAGACUUGCUGGAAUGCAGGAGGUGGCGCUGUCGUGAAAAUGGAGCACUUCCAACCGGCGCUGGACCCUCGCAAGCAGGAACUCUUGGAAAUGCGUUUCACCGGGGCCAAGAUGUCAGCUGGUUCACAAAUUCAGAUGGCACCACAAUCCACAGUGAACUCAGGCCAGUCUGUACAUAGUCAGGACUCAAAUAUGAGUACAGGGUCAUCUCAUAGUGACAAAGAGCCUGAUGGAAAUACUCCUGAAAAACAUCAAGCUCGUACACCAUCUGACCGUAAAAGGAAGAGAAAAACUGACGACAUUGGGGGACCGGGAUCCAUUGGGGGACCUGCUGGUGGACCAGGUGGCACUGCUUUAUCGUCAAAAGGAGCCAAUAGAGCCGUCCCUGAGACAAAGAAAAUCAAUGAGUACUUUGCCAAGCACCCAAUGCACACAACCCACCCCCCUGGAACCAGUCCCAUUCGUCAUGGUGGUGCCAAAAGCCCUUCCCCUCAACAAGGCUACCCCAUGUUUCCUCCUUCCCCGCAGCAAGCAGUACCCCCUGUUGUAGGAGGCCCUGAUUACGCUAGUCUCAUGCACCCUCCCAGGCCGCACUCAAACAACAUGGUCAGCAAACAAGUUCAGACUGAGCUGACUUGCCAAAGGAUACAAGAGUUUGAGACAAAGGCUUCAACUGAUUUGGAAUUAAGAAAUACUAAAAUAGAUGAAUUAAAUAGAACGUCAGAUGAAUUAAGACAUCAGAUUACUGCACAACAAAAACAAAUGGACCAGCAUAAAGCUCAUGUGGCAAAAUGCAUCGAUGUUGUGACGAAAUUAUUAAAAGAGAAGUCAAACAUAGAAAAGAAAGAAGCACGUCAACGAUGCAUGCAGAACCGAUUGAGGCUUGGACAGUUUGUUACUCAAAGAGUAGGUGCCACCUUCCAGGAAAACUGGACAGAUGGCUAUGCUUUUCAAGAAUUAGCAAGGCGGCAGGAAGAAAUUUCCUCGGAGAGAGAAGAAAUAGACAAACAAAAGAAAAUGUUGACUAAGAAAAGGCCAAACAAUGAAACUGGAGGGCGGGGUAAACGUAAUAAUAGUACAAGCCAACAGGCUGCAGCUCAGCAACCUCCGGGGACUACAACUGUGACUGCAACUGCUGCUACUGGUUUACCAACACCACCAGUGCAAGCCAGUGGUAGCACUGUGAAUCCUGCAACCACUAAUACUGGAAGCACAACCCUUCACAAUGGCACUGAUACUGCUACGUUCCUGAAACCUGAUGCCCUACCUGGCUUCUCAUGGCAGGAGUACUAUGAGGCAGAUGAAAUUCUUAAGUUGCGUCAGUCUGCUCUUAAGAAGGAAGAUGCCGAUUUACAGUUAGAAAUGGAGAAGCUGGAGAGGGAGCGAAAUCUUCAUAUACGUGAAUUAAAGCGAAUUCACAAUGAAGAUCAAAGCCGCUUCAACAACCAUCCAGUUCUUAAUGAACGGUAUCUCCUCCUUAUGUUACUUGGCAAAGGAGGUUUUAGUGAGGUGCACAAGGCAUUUGACCUUAAAGAGCAGAGGUAUGUUGCGUGCAAAGUUCACCAAUUGAAUAAAGACUGGAAAGAGGAUAAGAAAGCAAAUUACAUAAAACAUGCACUUAGAGAAUACAACAUUCACAAGCUGUUGGAUCAUCCACGGGUUGUGAAGCUGUACGAUGUGUUUGAAAUAGAUGCUAACUCAUUUUGUACAGUUCUGGAGUAUUGUGAUGGUCAUGAUUUAGACUUUUAUUUAAAACAGCACAAAACAAUAGCAGAGCGGGAGGCGAGAUCUAUUGUGAUGCAAGUUGUUUCUGCCUUAAAGUACCUCAAUGAGAUCAAACCGCCUGUGAUCCAUUAUGAUCUCAAGCCAGGGAAUAUUCUGUUGACUGAAGGAAAUGUUUGUGGGGAAAUUAAGAUCACAGACUUUGGGUUAAGUAAAGUUAUGGAUGAGGAGAAUUACAAUCCUGAUCAUGGUAUGGACCUGACUUCUCAAGGUGCAGGAACAUACUGGUAUUUACCUCCAGAAUGUUUUGUUGUUGGAAAAACUCCACCAAAAAUAUCUUCCAAAGUUGAUGUGUGGAGUGUUGGUGUAAUAUUUUAUCAAUGUUUAUAUGGCAAAAAGCCCUUUGGACACAACCAAUCACAAGCAACUAUUUUGGAGGAAAAUACGAUCCUCAAAGCAACAGAAGUUCAAUUUGCCAACAAACCCACAGUCAGCCCUGAAGCUAAGAGCUUCAUCCGGAGUUGCUUGGCAUAUCGGAAAGAGGACCGCAUUGACGUGUUUGCGCUGGCGCGGCACGAGUACCUUCAGCCUCCAGUGCCCAAAAGUGGGCGCCAGACAAGCAGCCAACAAAUCCAGGCUGUGCAGCAGCAGCAUCAUCAGCAGCAACAGCAGCAGCAGCAGCAACAACAGCAACAGCAGCAACAACAACAAAUUCAACACAUUCAACAGCAGCCUUCAUUCAGUACAGGAAUGUUUAGUGGAAUGAAUGCCUCAAGCUCAUCAUAGUGACUGCCAGUUGUGUGCAGCAAGACAGUGAAUCACGUUUUAUAACGCCAAAAAAACUAGUUAGACAAUAUGAGUAGACUGCUCUCUGUUUAUGCACUAGCCAGAUUCUGUGCAUAUUGUGUUCAGUUCUGUUCUGCGGGCAGCAGAGCUGGGAAAUACAACUGAGUGUCCUCAAAUAUCAUUCACAUUUUUAAACUUUGCCUUUUAAAAACAUAUUUGGUGAAUUUGUCUGCUAAUGGUAUGUAAGUGAUCAUCAAGCAACAGUAUCAAAAAGUUUGUUGUUGUGAAAGGGUUGUCUGAUUGGUUCCUCUCAUUUGUUCCACUUUGGUGUGAAUAUUGUAGUUUGCUAAUUGUCAUAGCAGAUUACAAUGUAGGUGGACUGCGCUUGUAAGUUAUUUAAACCCAACUGAAAGAAGGUUAAAAUCCUUGAUUUAUAUUUUGACGAAGUACUUUGUUUAGUGUGUAUAUACGAACUUGUACAGCAUUUUGUUAUUAAGUUUUUGCAAGUUUUUUGGGACUAGCUGCCUCUAGCCACCUGGCAACCCUGAAUGCAGUCCAACUAACAUUUUGUACUGUUAAUUGCGCUGGUACAGAUUUUAAUUUGCUAGGCAGGUGUCUCGACGUGGAGUGGCAACAAGAUCUGUCAAGGUGUAUUUACUAUUCCAACUCUUACUACUUCAGCAAAGUCUUUUGUACCAGCUUAAAAGUUGUCAAGGAAGGCAGUGUAUCUUCCUAAUGUAUACAUAGAUUGUAUGUAAAUUCCCUUUUUUUACAAUUUUUUCCCAUUAGUAGUGUACAUGGUACGUGGAAAUGUGAUAACCGCUGACCUGUAGGAUGUACCAUUAGAAAGAGGAGUGCCGAAACCUGGGCAGACAGUUAUGUUUGCCACAUACUAGUCUGUUUAUUUUCUGGCAGCGUAGUGUGUGGCUCAGCUUGUUGCCGUUCUGAUUCGGGGGCCCUGUUUUUCGCUGUGAAAUCGUUCCAGUUCUACCCAAUUGUUAUCAUAUUGUUAGCCUUGCCUUUGACUUGGUUUGAAAACAAGGAAGCAUUUUGAAAUUGUUAUUUGAAACAGUUGGAAAUACUCUUCCUACAAAUAUAUUCUACAUAUUAUACACAUCCGUGGGAGUGUGAAGGAGAUGGAUGGUGGCAGUCCUGUGAUAGCAGCGCCGACUGAGAUUGUUAUGUUUUCAAGACUUGCUCUCAUACCCAAUAAAACAUGCUAAGACCAAAAUGGAAAAAAAAUCUGCAUCAUAAACACUAGGAUACAUGAAUGUUGUUUGUUUAUGUUACUGUGAAAAUACAGUAUGUGUGAGAACUCGUUAUGUGCCGCUCGAUAUGAAGUACCUUGGAAGUGUUGAUAUCUGCGUGUGUGAGAAAAUGAAUUGUGUGAAUGUGUGUGUGGAAGUGGAUGUAUGUUUGUAUGUUGUCCUGGGCAGCAUGUCCUCCAGUGUGUUGUCUGGUACCCCUUCUUGCCCCUUACCUGGUGCUCAUUAAUGUUUUCCUUUUAAAAUGUGUUUUGUUCCAUUUUCUGUUACUCAUUUGUUUUAUAACUUGAACCUAGUAAUUAAUUUGAGAAUCAAAAAAUUCUUUUUGCCCCUCAGCUCAACAUGAUUAUAUAAAAAUGUGCAUUUAUUUCUUUUAUUAGAAUGGUCAUUUUAAAGAAAAAGAAGAGAAUUAAUUUCGGAACAAUGGUUUGGUCUAGUGCUUCUGAACAGAUAAAAGAAAGUAUCAAAAUAAAUUCAUCUGUAUUUGAACUCUAGUUGUGGAUUGUAAUAAUCAUUGUUAUACAUAUUGAGCAACCCUUGCAUCUUGACCUUUUAUUCAUUUUGUUAAGUACAAUGAAACCCUUCUUGUAUUUAUUCUUAUUUUGUAUUUUUAUUUAUGGACUUGCAACGGAGUGAGUAAUGUUUUAGUGGCCAACUUCCGUUAGCCAAGUUCUUGGUGCAAGGUUUUCUCCAGAAUUGACAUGAACAUGCUGUAUCAGCAUAUGUAUUUCAUAGCAGUUUUCCUAUUUUGCAUUGUUAUUGUGAAGACAUUGAACUGAAAAGCUCAGACCAGAUUAAACCACACUUGAUUUGAAUGGAUCUGAUUAUGAUUCACUUGACUUCUUAAAUUAUUGCUAAUAAAUAAUAAUAUAAUGCAGUGCAGAAUGUUUAUGUACAUAGCAAAGAGAGUAAAGCGUCUGACCCUCACA